GUCGCAACCCGCGAGCAUGGGGCGUAAAGUGUCGUCAAGCGAUGUGGAGUGUCGCGCUUGGAUUUCUGUUGCCGUGCCACUGCUUUCAGGAGAAGUGCUGACCGGCGGCAAUGUCGCUGUACGAUGACCUCGGUGUGGGUGCCAGCGACACGAAGACCGAGGGCUGGUCCAAGAACUUCAAGCUGCUGCAGUCCCAGCUGAAGGUGAAGAAGGCGGCUCUGACUCAGGCCAAGACCCAGCGGAUGAAGCAAACCACCGUCUUGGCUCCUGUCAUUGAUCUAAAGAGAGGGAGUUCCAGUGACGACCGGCAGAUCAUAGACACCACUCCACAUUCCGCCAUUGGACUCAAGGAUGCAGUUCCCAGUGGUUUCUCCUCCGGUGACGUGUUGAUCCCAUUGGCAGAUGAAUAUGACCCCAUGUUCCCCAACGACUACGAGAAGGUGGUGAAGCGUCACAGGGAGGAACGGCAGCGACAGAGGGAGCAGGAGCGGCAGAAGGAGAUUGAAGAGAGAGAAAAAAAAAGGAAAGACCGGCAUGACAGCGGAGCGCCGAGCGGAGCUCCGAGUGGUUUCUCUCGUUUUCCGGCAGCGGAGGAAGACUCGGAUGAGGAGGAGGAUUAUGAGAAAGAAAGGAGGAAACGGAGUAUGGGUGGAGCCGCCAUCGCCCCUCCUUCAUCGCUUGUUGACAGAGAUGGCUCCGUUCCAUAUUCCUAUGAGGAUGAAGGCCGUCCUGCCAGAGGCUCCAAGGCUGCCAUCCCUCCACCCAUGUAUGAGGACUCAGACAGGCCACGUUCUCCUCCCGGACCGACCAGCUCCUUCCUGGCCAACAUGGGAGGUACGGUGGCCCAUAAGAUUAUGCAGAAGUAUGGCUUCAAAGAAGGCCAGGGCCUGGGGAAGCACGAGCAAGGCCUGAGCACGGCCCUGUCAGUGGAGAAGACCAGCAAGAGAGGCGGAAAGAUUAUUAUUGGCGACGCAGCAGAAAAACCAGGGUCCAGCCAGUCAGCUGUUGGCGAGACUCCAGGUGGAAGCUCAGCAGUGGACCCCUCCAAGAAGUCUGAGGCGAACCCGCUCACGGAGAUCCUCAAAAACCCGACCAAAGUGGUUCUCCUCAGGAACAUGGUUGGCAGAGGAGAGGUGGACGAAGACUUGGAGGGAGAGACGAAAGAAGAGUGCGAGAAAUACGGCAAAGUGGUGAAAUGUGUCAUUUUUGAGAUUGCAGAUGUGCCAGAUGAUGAAGCUGUCAGGAUAUUUCUGGAGUUUGAAAGAGUGGAGUCAGCCAUCAAAGCUGUGGUGGAUCUGAACGGACGCUAUUUCGGCGGACGAGUCGUCAAAGCCUGCUUCUACAACCUAGACAAGUUUCGGGUGUUGAACCUCGGCGAGCAGGUUUGACGUCUCCAGGGAAGCUGAAGGAACGCGCACAUCAACUCCCCAGUUGUACAUAAACCUUUUUUUUUUUACGUUUCCUGAAGAGCAAUGUCUGUGUUUAUUGAUGACAAGUCCAUCUUGUAGAUUGUCAAUUUUUUUCCUGUGAUAAAAUACCUUUUUGUCUAGACAAAAUAAAGGGUAUAAAACAUA